UCACAUGUUUAUUUUAUCUAACAAUUCGUGCCAUUAUUGUGUGUACCAUCAUUGCUUGACUAUAUAUAUUAUCUUGGAAGAACAGAAAGAUAAAGGGAAGACAAACCAGGUUAGAGUGUGAAGCGAAGACAACAACAUGGAUUUCUACCAUGCUUCCAAGACAAUGGGAAAUCAGUCAAUGUUGAUCUGCUGUAAGUUCUACAUCUCUGAAUCACGAAACAGAGCUGCCUUAGAUGUGAUAGAACAAGCUUCGAAGUUGGACCCAGAAGCUGUGGUGGUGAAUAAGUUUGAGGAUCGGGCUUACAACCGAUCAAGGUACACUCUUGUGUCUUACGUUGUUCAUGACAGCACAGGUUGUCCCACCUAUAGCCCCUUGCAGCAGGCUGUUUUGGCAAUGACCGGGGCUUCAUUUGGAGCCAUAAACCUCGAAAACCACUCUGGUGCACACCCUCGGCUAGGUGUUGUAGACGAUAUUAUUUUCCACCCAUUGGCUCUUGCCUCUUUGGAUGAUGCCGCUUGGCUGGCUAGAGCUGUGGCCGCAGACAUAGGGAACCGAUUUCAAGUCCCGGUUUAUUUAUAUGCUGCAGCACACCCAACGGGGAGGGCUUUAGACUCGAUUAGGAGGAAACUGGGCUACUACCGACCCAACUUAAUGGGCAGUCAAUGGGCAGGAUGGGCCCUUCCAGAGCUUCUACCAGAGAAACCGGACCAGGGUCCGAGCCAAGUUCCCCGAGCCAGAGGAAUCGUAACAGUUGGUGCACGGUCUUGGGUGGCCACAUACAACGUACCAAUAAUGUCUAGUGAUGUGUCGGUUGCUAGAAGGAUUGCAGCUAUGGUGAGUGCUCGCGGAGGCGGGCUUCCAACUGUGCAGACAUUGGGUCUAGUCCAUGGAGAGGAUGCAUCAACCGAGAUAGCCUGCAUGUUAUUGGAGCCUAAUCAGAUUGGAGCGGAUAGGGUCCAUAAAAGAGUGGAGAUGCUCGCGGCCCAAGAGGGGCUGGACGUGGAGAAAGGGUAUUUCACGGAUUUCUCACCAGAGAUGAUCAUUGAAAGAUAUAUGAAACUCAUCACCACCUCUACCACUCUAGAUUGAUUUAUAAUUAAGACAUAUGACUAAUCACUCUAUAUGUAUCUAUCUGUUGGAUCUAAUCACCAUCAUCUGAUCUAGUCAUUAUCUGUUGCUGUUUGUGUUUUCAUAAUUCUGUCAUCCUUAAUGGUGGAAUAAAUGACAAAAUCCUUGAA